UGGGAGUAGGGGUCCGAACCCGAAGUCCCGGCUGUGAUGCGGGGGGUCUGGUGGCGGCCGCUACAGUUGUUUUGUCCACGGCCCAAAGGAGGCGGCCACUGCACUGGCGGACUGAGCCAGGAUUUCCGGGGGCCACCCGCUCUCCGGGACCCGCCGGGCCAGUGCCCGCCGAGGCCGAGUGGAGAUUGAACAUGGUCCCCUGGGGCCGGCGGCCGGGUGAGAGUUUAAGUCUUCUCUCACAAGUAUAUGGUAGAGCUAAAGAAGAAGAAGACAAGCAAGGGUCAUCUGAAAUUGUAAUUGGCUCACUAAUAAUCGCAGGACAAAGUUGGAAAUAACUACUCAAGCAUAAGACUACCAAGAUGUUUGAUAUAAAGGCUUGGGCUGAGUAUGUUGUGGAAUGGGCUGCAAAGGACCCGUAUGGCUUCCUUACAACGGUUAUUUUGGCCCUUACUCCAUUGUUUCUAGCAAGUGCUGUACUGUCCUGGAAAUUGGCCAAGAUGAUUGAAGCCAGGGAAAAGGAACAAAAGAAGAAACAAAAACGUCAAGAAAAUAUUGCAAAAGCUAAACGACUAAAGAAGGAUUGAAGGAAUGAACAGGCUCUAUAACCAGAGAAAAAUCACUUGGAAAAUUAAGCAGCUUUGGAAGGACCCACUGAGGUUUCUUUUCUGAUUUUUAUGACAGUAAUUUGUAGUCACUGAAGUCUGAGCACAUGGAAGGAUCAUGUUAGUUGUGACCUCUACUACUGCAACUUUUAGGCUUUGGUGUAGAAGUGUGUUGACAGUUAUUGUAAAUUGGCAUUUAUUCUAUAAAUUCUUUAUAACUGACUUAGUCAUUUGCCAUUUUGCAGCUUAUGUACUGAAACGAAAACAUACUGUGGAGAGAAAUGACUAUACAUUAUGAAUUCUUUUCAAAUGAUGGCUUAGAAUGGGGCCCUUUCUGGACAAAAGGAGUUAAGAAUGUAAAAAUCAAAACUGUCCUGAGGUGAAAAGUGUGCUUUGGCUUAAAAGGCAUAUAGUAUAUUAUAUCUUUUAUCAUUAUUGCUUAUUUCUUGGAAUAGAAUCAUUUCUGGCUUUCUCAAAGCCACAUAUUAACUAAUGACUUUUUGUGUUCUGCAUUUUCUCAUUUUAGCCCUUGAGAGAAUUAUCAGACAUUCUGCAUUUUUUAAAAUCUAAUUUUAUAAAGAAUUCUCUUAUUGACUAUAUAGAAUACCACCUACCAGAUAUAACAGUUUUUGUACUUAUGAACACUGCCAUUUUCUUAGAGAUGUCUUGUUGAGUAGAAUAACACUAUGAUUUAAAGCUUGCAGUAAAAAUGCCAAACCUUGUGUUACCUUGGAACCAGUUUACUCUUUCUUGUACUAAGUAGAAAUGUGAAGUAGUUAAAAUGUCUUAUCAGAUAAUUUGCUCAUUAUAUAGAUGCCAUUUUUUGUUUUUCUUCCAUUCUUUGUUUUAACUUACCUAGUAGUGAUAUUCUACUUUCUGAUGAAACAGGUUCAUGGUGAAAAUUAAAAUUUCAAAUUUCUUUUAAGGAAUUCUUAAAAAGUAAUAGUUAAGUUGUAAUUCGUAAGUGGUAAAGAAAGGUUUAACAUUUGGAAAAAUUUUGGUCAUCAUACCAGUAAUUAGAUUAAAAGGUAAAUUAUGUCAAAAUGAGAUAUGUGUUAAAAUUAGAAAUAAAGAGCUAAAGGAUCUUUCCUUUAGUUAAGUAGAUAACUGGAACUUUUUACUAUUAAACAGACUUUUAUAAAUGCAUAGUCCAGUAAUUUUAUUUGCUGUCAGUAUAUAAUAGCUUGUUAAUGUUUUCCUCCCCUCUGAUAAUGAAUUUUAUAUUACAAAAAAUUGUCCACCAGCUUUAGUUUAAAAAUGGAACUAGAUAUUGAAAUAAAUUUGAUACUUUUUUAUAAAAAGGUCCUGUUUUUUUUUUAAGGGGGGCUAAUAAUAAUACAGUACUUAAAAUUAGAUGACUUUUCAAAGGGUUAUGAAUUUCAUUUAUAGCUAAAAGCAUACUUACAAAAGUUGAGGACAGUGUUUCUCAACUACAAAUACCUAAGGACUGGUCUGAACAGUACUACUUAUACGUUAGGUUGUCAGUUCCAACGUGGUGCCAGUGUAAUGAACAUAUUGCCACUCCAGUGUUUCGUUAUAUUACUCAGGUGAUCUAGGAUAUCUAGUGACCUUUUUAUUGCCACUGAAGUUUUAAUAGUUAGAAUUACCAUUGAAAUUCAAACUGAAAAAAAAUGCUUCUGUAGAUCUACUGGCCCUCCUGGAUCUACAGAGCCCAUAAGUCUUCCUUAUGGUCGGUCACAUUUUAGAGUAAAAGUACUGCAGCAAAAGAUCUGUUCACCAUAAUUCUCAGUUACCUACUAAAGCUGUGUUUUCAUUGGUUCUCAUUACAAUUUAAAGAUAUUUAUUUAACUGAAAUCUUUUUUUUCUAUAAUUUCUUUUAAAGUCUUAACACAUGCCAAUUUUGUAUUUGUUUGGCAUAUGCCAUUUGUUUCCUCAGGUUUAGCUUUUCCCAACAUUUAUGGGACCUUUUUUUAUAUGUGAGAUCAAGGUUUCAUAAUAUAUAUGUCUAUAUGUUUGUGUGUAUGUGGAGGAUUUGAGGGGAUGUAAAAUAGAGUAUUUUGAGGGUUCAGAUUCUUCAGAACAAUCAAUCUUCUCUCACUGCAACAAAUAGUACUAUUGAUGAAAGAAUCCCAUUUACUAUUAGCCAUAAUACUUCCUUUAAAAGUUGUCUGUUAUGUUGUUUCCUAAGCUUUGAGAGCUAAUCUAAUCAGUUACCUUUUUAUGGCUGGUUUUGGGAAAAACACAGCCUGCCUGUAGACAGAUAUUUUACCAAAAACAAAAGUUGGUGUGUCAGAUUUUGAUCCUUGGUAUGCAUGUGAUGAAUUUCAGUGUGGUAUUACUAGAUCAGAUACACUUUUUUGGUACAGUGUUUUUUACUUCUUUUUCUUGGAAUUCUAGUAAAGCAAAUGAAGUAAGCUUACCAAGGUGUGAGCCGGAAAACUAAUGUUGAGAUACAUUAUUAUUAAUAAGUCCUGACCCAUUCCUUCUUUCCUUACACAUAAUGUAAAGGAAAGGGGCCAGGGCCACUUAACACCUCAUCUCAUAUCCUGUUACUGAUUCCUAUUAAGGAAUGAUUGUCUUUAUAUUGCAGUUGGUUAUAGUAUCACUCUGAUUUACUUACUUCAUAUCUGGAAUAUAUGUGGAAUAUACAUAUAUAUAUAUAUAUAUAUAUAUAUAUAUAUACACACACUCACACAAGUAUAUGUAUUUCUCAAACAUUAAAACAUUCCAUUUUCAAAUACCACCAGUUUGGGAAAUAUAAAAUAAAAUUUAGGAUUAUUCCUACACGAUUUCUUGGAAGCUUUUAACUUAAUUUGACUAUCAUAGACUUCUCACUGCUGUUUCUUUCCCCAGAGAACAUAAACACUUUGAGAAAGCCUUUUCUAAAUAAAUUCAGGUUACAUUUUACUUUAUUUUAUUUUUGGUUUUUGUUUUGCUUUGUUUGGUGAUAUCAGGUUACAAUUUAUUUGUUUUUAAAAAAUUUUCAAGGUUUAUUUUAGAGAGAGUAUGGGAAGGGCAGAGUGAGAGAGAGAAUCUUAAGUAGGCCCUAUACUCAGCGUGGAUCUUAAUGCAGGGCUCUAUCCCUUGACCCUAGGAUCAUGACCUGAGCUAAAUGAAAUCAAACACUCAACUGAGUUGAGCCACCCAGGUGCCCCAAGAUCAGAUUACAUUUUAAAUAGUGUGGUUAAUGAGGUAGCAUUAAAAAAAUAAGGUAUUGGCUCAAGGCUGAUUAAAUUAAGAAAUAAAUGAUAGCCAGAUAUCAGUAAAAGUAGGAAUGGAAAAGAAUAGCAGAUAAUGGGAAAGUUUUUUUCCUCCAUUUUUAUUGAUUUUCAACUUCACAUAUCCAAGGCAUAGUUGAUAGGCUAGAUUUAUAUGAUUAACCCCAAUAUUCAACACAUUUUCUAUACUUUAACAGUCAAAAAUCUGCUGUUUGCAUGUGUAGCACAUGCAUGGGAAAUCAAGGAUUUACCUCUGAGAAAGCACUUGAAGUAUAUCUGACACUUAACUUGGAACAUUUUUACUUUUGGAAUUAAAAAAACUUUGCAUAGGGUUGAAGUUGGUCUUGAAGCAGUAAGGACAUGUUUAUUAAAACAAAACUUGUGAGUGUCCAAAAUAUAACAAUUUAAAAUACAAAAUGUGGCAGACAAACUAAUAUUUUAUUUAAUACUUUAAUUCUGCUUUGCAUGUGUCUGGCAUAAAAGCCAAAUAUAGAAAAGAUUGCAUAGAAAGGUAAUUUGAAUUAGGCCAAGGUUUUUAGGUUCAGUUUUUAUGUAGGACAUACAGCUCUGUUCCCUUGCCAUCUAACAGUGCCACCAGAUAUCCAAAAAAUGUUAGUCUUGAGGAAGAGUCUGGAUGGAUUGCUAGAACUGUCAUUUCCACUUCUUGAAAUCACUUUAUUUAUUUAUUUUAAUGUUUAUUUAUUUUUGAGAGACAGAGCAUGAACGGGGGAGCGUCAGAGAGAGGGAGACACAGAAUCCGAAGCAGGCUCCAGGCUCUGAGCUGUCGUCACAGCGCGACACGGGGCUCGAACUCACGGACCGUGAGAUCAUGACCUGAGCUGAAGUUGGACGCUUAACCGACUAAGCCACCCAUGCACCCCUUGAAAUCACUUUAAAAGUGCAUGCUCCAGGGGCACCUGGCUGACUCAGUGGAGCAUGUGACUCUUGAUCUCAGGGUUGUAAGUUCAAGCCCAACAUUGGCUAUAGAGAUUAAAAAUAAAAUCUUAAAAAAAAAAGUGUGCUCUACCAAAAAUGGUGGGCCAGUGUCAUACUCAGGUAUUUUCCCACAAGGACUUCUGGUUAAGAUUUUCUUUUGCUGCUUAUGUGAAACAAGUAUUUUAUUUAUUUAUUUUAUGCCUCCCCUAGUUUUUUGUAUUUUUUUUAAGUUUUUGUUUAAAUUCCAGUUAGUUAUGUUAACAUACAGUGUGAUAUUAGUUUCAGGCGUACAAUAUAGUGAUUCAGCACUUCCAUACAUCACCCAGUGCUUAUCAUAGCAACUGUCCUCCUUAAUCCCCAUCACCUAUUUAUUUCACCUGUCCUCCCACCCAUCUCCCCUCUGGUAACCAUCAGUUUGUUUUCUGUCGUUAGUAAAACAAGUUUUUUAAAAUGAAAACAUAAAAAUUAAAGUUAAUGUAAAUUCUGUCAUAACAUUAAGAUAUUUACAAACUAUAAGGCAAACAUUUAUAAAAAGAUACGUAUGGAAUACAUUUAAUAAGCUAAUAGGAAUUUGGCAGUAGACGUAUUCUAGCAUGUUAGAAAAUUUGCAGUUUUUCUUGUAACCCAGGACUCAAGAACAUCUUAAUUAUAAUCAAUUGUACCUCUUAAUAAUCAAUUUUACCUCUUUAUACUGCAUGGUGGCUAGUUCCUUUUUUGCCUCUAUGGUAAAAUGUAACAUUACUUUGUAAUGAUCUAGAGACAGAAUGGUUAACCUCAUAUUAACAGGGUUGCUGGAAUGUUAGUAUUAUCACCAAGUAGCUUUUGUGUUAUUCAAUAACUAUGUCAUAAUUACAUUUGAUUAUUUGUUUUAAUAUUACAUUUUAUAAAGUAUUUUUCUGAUAUUUAUUUCUUAAGCAAUUAAAUUUUUUUACCUUCUAUUAAAUAAAAAUAUUAACCUAUGUGUUUUUAGGAAUUCACUGUUAAAAUACUUAACCAAGGAUAUCCUUUUAGAGCAUUGAAAUUUGGAUCACUUAUUCAGUACAUAUUUAUUGAGCAUCUAUUAUAAUGCCACACACAGAGAAGAACUCUGUGUUAGCAACAAAAACUUGUUUGUGCACUUCAGAAAACUUGACCCUUCAAAGAUAUUUUUGUAUAAUAAAAGGUAUAUAUGAGCCU